AUGAAAGCAAUAUCGCUUUUGUCCUCGGGUCCUAACUCUAUCACUGAUGCAGAUAUAUCUGACAAUAUUUGCCCUUCACCACAUAAAAAACAAGCACAAGUACAAGGUUGUAUAAUUAAUACUAUACAUUGUAUUAAGAAACAUUUUUGUAGGACAGUAGAUUAUUAUGAAAAAGAGUGUUGUCAUGGUUGGACCGGUACAGGUUGUCAGAAAGCAAUCUGUAGAGGAAGAUCUGAUUCAACAGCUUGUAAUGAAUAUUUUUCCAAUUCCCAUAUUGUACUAGCUAAUAAAACAAUAGUAAAGAAUAGUGUUGGAAAAUGUAUUCGACCUGAUACUUGUGAAUGUCAACAAGAUUGGUUUUAUUCAGCUGGUUCAUUUUGUAAUAUCUGUUCACCCAUUAAUAAUUGUGAUCUCGAAUAUUGUACAACUAAAACUAACCAGAGAUGUCGGAGAUGUGAAGGAUUUGUAGCAGAUAUCUCGUGGUAUCGAGCUUAUAAAAUAUCGGGGGAUAAAAGAACGUGUAAUAAGGCGUGUUCAUGGAGACCAGACAGUAGAUGUUAUCCUGGUUCAUGUAGAGAUGAGCUGUUUUCAAAUUGUAAUUGUUCUGAUGGGUUUACUGGAACCCAUUGUAAUAGAAUUACUGCUAUCCCUGAUAUUCUAUACAAUCAAGUAACGCUAACUGCUGAUAAUGGUGAAAGUGUUGGUGCACCUGGUUAUUUUGGAGCAGGUUCUCCUCAACCAAUAACAUGGACCAAUAUAAUGAAACCCAAAGAUCUAUAUUACUCUUUUAAAUCAAACUACUAUCAACCAAAUCCUAAACGUCCACCAUUUGUCGUGGAUUAUAAAGUUGGUAUUAUUGAUGGAAGUAUAAGGUUCACAAAAUAUGGCCUGAAUGGGGUCCAAACACAGACCGUCAGUUGUACCACCAUCAGUAAAGAUAAUCCUAAUCAAGGUAUAUUGGAUUGUACUAAAACAAUACAACCUACAUUCUCUGUUCCCUUCAAACAUCUAGAACGACUGUCUUUCAAAAUAACAACAACUAUUGGAGGAUUUGUGAAGAUAAAAAAUUUAGAAAGAAAUGUCAACAACACCUACUACUACACACCAAACUCACUCUCACGUGAUUUUGAGAUUAAAUUUGACAAUGUACCACCAUACCACUGUAUACCUGUCAACAAUUGUAAAAAAACCAUGCUAACUGAUAUUGACAUAACUAAGAAGGUAGAUAAUACGGUUUAUUGGGACGGUUGGAUUGACAAUGAUUCUGGUAUAGCUAUAUAUGAACUAGAAAUAUUCAGCUUGAAGUCUACAGGAAAUGAACUAAUGAUAGACAAACGAGUAUUCGACACGAACACUACUUUGAAAAGUCAUCGAUUAAAUAUAACAGUACCAGGUGUAUAUUCAGUUAUACUUGCUGCAGUAGAUAAAGCUGGUAACAUUAGACUUGCUAGACGAUGUUUGAUAUUUGAUGAUAACAGUCAGGUAUCAACUGUUCAUGAUACUAAUUUAAAAACCACGUCAGCGUCACCUUCUACUAACUAUGUCUGGCAACAUAAUCAUGGCCCGGUUACUAUUGACUGGGAAAAUAGGUAUAUUAAUACUAAACAUCAUAAUGGUAAAUAUCUAGCUGGAAUCCAGGAUUAUAAUGGUCUAGAUCCAGAAUAUGAUGAUCAUUAUGGAACAAGAACAACUCAACCCAUCAAUAAUGUUCAAGGUAUAGUACGCUAUGAAACAUAUUAUGGAAUAGAUGACAAAGGAGGUUCUACUAUUCAGCCAACAGAUACUGAUUUUACUACUACUGGUAACCUGAAGCAAUCUAUUACAAUUUUUCCUUCAUUACAAGAUGGUUAUACUCUAUUUGAAAAUACCGAAUGGUAUCAAAUUCACGCGCCUUUUCACCACCGAACGUUCAACGGUUUAAACGAUUUUGUUACUACUGAAUGGUUACAUGCUUUACCUUUCGAUUAG